UUAUCUCUCUUUCUCCCCAUACAGUGUUCCACUGGAAAGGGGCAGCUCGGAUGGCUUCCGGCAGAGGGAGGCACGUGCAGCCCGCCUAGCGAAUGAGAUUGAGGGCAGUCCCCAGUACCGUCACCGCACCAACCUGGAGAACGACGAUAAGAGUGAGGAGGACAAGUACAGUGCCGUGGUCCGAGAGAGAGACGAGGGGAGGGAGAGGGGCAGCCCUGGAUUCCAGAGCAGUGCCGGGAGCAGGGACGGUAAAUAUAUUCCGCUUCCCCAGAGGGCCAGGGAGAUGGGCGUCCCCCCCAGCAGCCUGAGGGGAGGAGCCUCUGGUCCAAUACCCAAUCGAACAGGAGUCCCCGGCUCCUCUAGACCAUCCCAGGGUUCUGAUAGGUGCAGCCCGCUGUCCAUCAGGGGCGCCUACUCUCCCCACCAGUCCCAAGCCAGCCCCCCGGGCCAGCCCAGUAGCCCUACCCCCUCUUCUUCCUCUCACCCGAUCCCUCACUCCAUCUCUCACCCACAAGCUCUGGCUGAUACCUCGCGCUCUUCUGUCAACGGAGUGUCGUCCAGAACUUCCCCCAAAGCCCAGAGAUCCGUACAGACCAAUCGAACUCUGCGCAACCCAAGCUCCCAGUCCUCACCUGCAGUCUCUCGCUCUCCAAAACCAGACGACCCCGCUCUGGCUGGCCCUUCCUACCUGGACACUUCCUCCUCCUCGAUCGCCUCGGCAACCCCUAAGUCCUCUGGCCCCACCCCUCUGUUCACUGUGGAUGUGAAUGAGAUCCUAAGCUCAGCGGCUAAGGAGAGGACAGAAGGCCCAGCCAGCCCUCAAGACGGCAAGAGCGGCAAAGUUCCCUCAGUCCUGCAGAGAACACAGUUGGAGGAGCUACGGAAAUUUGGCAAAGAGUUCAGGCUCCAGCCCAGCCCCUCUUCUGCUGGCCCCACCUCCUCAGACUCCGCCCAGCCCUCCUCAUCAGACUCCGCCACCACAGCAGAGUCCGUACCCGCCCCUGGCCACACCCCCUCCCAGGACCCCCAAUCUGGAGAGGGGUCCUCCUUCACCCUGACCCCCACCACCCCUACCCCCUCUCCAGCCCCCAACACCGCCUCUCAGUCAUCAGGACCAGACAGACAGACACCCCAGCCAGCCAGGUCCCCUGGCAGCGAGGAGGAGGAGGAGGGCAGCGAGCGAGCAGAGGGUGUGGCUGAUCAGGUGAAGAAGUCUACGCUGAACCCCAACGCCAAAGAGUUCGUCUUCAAGGCACCCAUGACCCUGGUGAAGCCGUCCCCAGCCCCCACCCCCCCACGGCCCACUCCUCCCAGCCCCUCUGUAGUGCUCCAGCCUCCCCCGGGACAACAGGCCAUCUACAGCACCCCCUAUCUGUCCUACCUCUCCCCCGUACAGAUACAGGGACACUCUGUACAGGCUCCUCAGAUGUAUCAGUACACCAUGUCUUCAGUCCAGCAGGGGAAGUAUCCCAGAUCUAAAGGCCAGGUGGUAGGCCCUCGUCCGGACCACCACGGCUCUUCCCAGCCCCAGAUGCUCCAGGCUGCAGCGUCUGCAGCAGGCCCUCCCCUGGUGGCCUCCCCCUACCCCCAGGCCUACCUGCAGUACAGUCAGGUCAUCCAGGGCAUGCCCCACUACCCCGGACAGCCGGUGUACUCCAUGCUGCAGGGUGGGGCCAGGAUGCUGACCCAGGCGGGCCACCCCCAGGCUAUGGGCCCUCAGUACCCCGGACAGACAGAGGGUCCCCCGGGACCACAACAGGCCAUGUAUGCCUCCCAGCAGUUCUCCCACCAUUCUAGCUCCAUGCACCCUCCCCAGCCCUCCAGCACCCCUACUGGGAGCCAGCCCCCUCCCCAGCACACUGCCCCCAGCCCUGGGCACGGACAGUCGGGCCAGGGAGGCCCCCAGCCCCAGUCCAUGUACCACUCUGGGCCCCUGCCAGCGCCCACACCCCCUAACAUGCCCCCUGGCCACAGCUCUCCCCAGGCCUCUUACCCCAUGCAGGGCUACAGCCUGCCCACCCACCAGCCCAUGGCCCAACACUACCCCGGCCUGGGACAGCUCACACAGGCCCAUGUUGCCCAAGGUAUGUCUGGCCCUCACCACCCAGGAGGCCACGGCCCGCCCCAGAUGAUGCUGCACUAUGCUCCACCCCCACAGCAAGGCCCAGGCUCAGCCCAGCAGCACGGCCCUCCCCCCCAGCAGGGGGCGCACCAACACUACUACAUCCAACAUCCACAGGCUGUACAGGUGCAGGCUCACCCCACCCAGCAGCUCUCCUUCCACCCCCCUGGAAACUGACACCCCUACCUACACCUAGAGGACCACAGAAGAAGCAGGAGACAGAGGAGCUGAGGACAGGGAGCUGAUGCCCCCAGUCCCUCCCUGAGUCUUAUGACUGACGCAAUCCCAUUGAGGGACACAAUCAAGUUGUUCGCUGAUCGGCUAAACUAGUCUGAACUGAAGCCCCCCCACUUCUCUCCUCUCGCCCUCAAAAUAAGCAACUUUUUUUUCUCUCCUGUUUUUUAAGCUAGAGUUCUUAAUCAAAGAGAGCUCGUCAAAGGCUUCUUCUUUAAGGACAGAGAAGAAAAAAGGUUUUGUUUUUAUGAAAGCCUAGAAAGACUGAGUCGUCCUCACUAGCUGGUUCCAUUUUUAAGUUGAGAGGAUUGACAUGGCCUCAGACUGAAGAGAUCAUAGGACUUAUCACAAUGAAACUUGCUCCCUUUUAACCCCAACCUACUUCCCUUUCUCCUUUUACAGGUAACCAUUAAUAAAUAAACUAAAAAUACAAAAAAUGAAAAAUCAUAAAAAUAAAGUUUACUCAACCUCAAAUGCCA